AUGUCUGACCACGAGAAAGAGGGCGUCAGCCGACAAGAGUCGACUCCACAAACAUUGGAAGAGCUGAGACAUACCAAGACGAUUGACACCAUACACAACGAUGAAGCUGUACGGGUACUCGCGCAGUACGUUGGAAAUACAACUUGGGCGCCAGAAGAGGAGAAGAAGCUCGUCCGUCGACUCGACAGAAAAUUGAUCUCGCUGUUGGUGAUCACAUAUGGCCUACAGUACUACGACAAAGCCAUGUUGUCGCAAGCUGCGCUCUUCGGCCUACGGGAGGAUCUCAGGCUCACUACAGGCAAUCGUUACUCGUUCUCUUCAGCCAUUUUCUAUCUUGGCUUCAUUGUCGGCAGCUACCCAGCGAUCCUCAUGUCUCAAAGAUGGCCUAUCGAGCGUGUUGCAGCUGGUAUUGUAGCCGUAUGGGGUAUUUGCUUGAUGUGUUCGGCAGCAUGCACCAAUUGGCAAGGAUUUUACGCUCAGCGCUUCUUCCUUGGUUUCCUCGAGUCCGGAGUGUCGCCCAUGUUCAUGUUGAUCGUCGGUGGGUGGUACAAGAAACGCGAGCAAGCCCUUCGAAUGGGCGCCUGGUACUCUGCAACGGGCUACGUAUCCAUGGUUUCUCCACUGAUCAACUAUGGACUUGGACAUAUCAGCGGCGGCAGCCUCAAGUCAUGGCAGUACAUGUAUCUUGUUGCAGGCUCGAUCACCGUUUUGUGGUCCUUCAUCAUCCUCUUCUUCAUGCCGCCAGAUCCCAUACACGCGAGGGGCUUCAGUGACCGCGAGCGGUACAUUGCUGUCGCACGCAUGAAGGAAAACAAUUCAGGCGUUCGAAACAAGCACUUCAAGGUUGCUCAGGUUUGGGAGUCGCUGUACGAUGUCAAGUUCUGGUUGAUCUUCAGCAUUGCUUUUCUUAUGAUGAUCGCCAACGGACCUGUUUCCUCAUUCAUUCCUAUCAUUAUCUCAGGGUUCGGCUACAAUCGUCUCAACUCAUUGCUCCUCACCAUGCCCGCAGGGGCUAUCAUCGGCACCAUCGAACUGACUGCACCCUAUUUCGCCUACAAACUUCCCGGUAUUCGCACGUGGCUCAUCGUUAUCUGCCAAUGCGGUACCAUAACUGCCUCCAUUCUGCUUUGGCGGCUGCCUCGAGGUGAAAAGGGUGGCUUGCUUUUCGGUUGCUACAUUCUCGCGAGUUUCGGCGGGGCAUACGCUGUUCUCAUGGGACUGCAGAUUGCCAACACUGCAGGAUAUACUAAGCGAUCAGUCACCUCUUCCGGCAUAUUCGUAGGGUAUUGUCUGGGAAAUUUCGUUGGACCCCUGCUUUUCAAGCCGGAAGAUGCGCCCGCCUACGGUCCAGGUUUCGUUGCUGUACUUGCGACCGCUAUCGCAGCUGCUGCUCUUGCUAUCGUCUACCGCUACGUUUGCAUAUGGGAGAAUCGACGCCGCGACAAAACUGGCACCAUGGAAGACUUCGAUAACGCAUACGACGAUGAUCUCACGGAUAUGAUGAAUCCACAGUUCCGAUACACGCUAUAACGUACAAACGUCUGCGAAGUAAUCGCAGCUGCGUCGUCGCCCUGGAGAAGAAAGCCCCGGUGCACUUGGGUCCUCGAGUUUUGCAACGAAGACCACCGUGUGCGUUAAUGCUCAUGCAUGCAGAGCGCAGACGGUUGGUUCCGCUGGCGAUCAUUCACUACACGCCGUAAUCAAGGCUUCAACGUCCCAACUGAGAUCGUGGCCAGAUUACGGGAUCAUUAUCGUUUUCCAGGUUUGCGCAACAUUGUUGUCGAGUCGACUGGGCGUCGAGCGGGGUUGGUGCCAUUCAUUGGGUUCAGCAUACAGCGCCUUGCUCUAGUGCAAAAUAUGACCACGGUUUGCACGCUGCAAAGCCCCGCAAAACACCACCCGGGAGACCGCCCAACGCGAGCACCACGCAAGAUACAGACCCC